AUCUCCACAUUCCUUCACCACCCAAGAACGACGCUGGACGAGGGGACGCAUCAUCUCGCGGUCACUCUCUUUGUCCGCAGACCGCGUCAUCGGCCUCCGCAGACCCUAUCACUCCUUCGCAUCCUCGAGACCAGGCGAAAACACCCGUCCCAUUCGACCCUAGUGUGGGGAAGCCUCCGCCAUGUCGUACAAAGCGACAGCAUAUCAUGCCGAUUCGGAUGCGGACGACGAGUACGAGCGAAGCGUCAUCACCUCGCCGACUUUGGCGCCUCCCGAUUUCGAGGCCUCGCCCACCGACUCCGAUCCACCCAGCACUGAACAUACCCCCACGACCUAUACCCAUUCACGGGACGGCCACCCGUCGCCGACUGGAUUGAUCAUACAAUGGACCGCGGAGCUAUGUGCAGACUUGUUGGCGACGUUGGGGUUACCCCAAUACCAGGACACAUUCAUAGAAAAUGCGAUAACAGGGGAGGCAUUGAUAUCGCUGCAGCAGAGCGACCUUAAAGAGAUGGGAAUUGCGAGCAUAGGGCACCGAAUGACGAUACUGAAGAGCGUAUACGAUAUCAAGGUCAAGCAACACGUUCCUUUAGAAGAGGAUGACUUUGUUCCACAGUCUGCUGCCGUAGACAACCAAGACAGCGCACCCACCCAGGACGACGUGGCUCGCAUCAUCCGCAUCAUCCGAGACCGAGAUGAACGCAUCACAACCGCCGAGACCGAGCUCCGUAUCCUCCGCGACGACAUCCACCGCCUCCUCGAAGAGAACCGCAAACUCCGAGAAGACUUCCUGCCCCUGGCGCGUCUUGCGAAAGAGAAAUCCCAGCCGCUCCCCACCCCUGACGACCAAGCUAACGGCGUGGCCUCAGAGAAAUCCAGCAGCCUGUCCCGAAAAUUCUCGACAAAAAAGCUCUUUCUCAGUUCGGCGCCCAAGAACCCUUCCCCAACCAUCCACGAAGGACGAACCUUGAGCGACACAUCCACCCUCGAUCCCUCGGCCGCCGCUCUGGCCGCAUCCACUCACCUAACCGCCAGCAUGCGUGACGCAGCCGCAUCCGGCCUCCCGUCACCGCACCAUCCCUCCCAGCCCUCCCCGACGUCUCCCGCACCAUACAACACCCAACUCCAAGGCAGCGGCAGCUCUUCGCGCGGAUUCCCCCGCAGCACCCCCCACCAACCCGACGACCUCGUUCCCUCCUUCCACUCCACCAACAGCACCUGGUCCAACGCCUCCACCAUCCUCCCCGACCGCGGCCCCACGCCCUCCGCCGGCGCCAACGCGUCCACCCCCCUCCUCGGCACCUCCUCUGCCGGCGCCAGCACCCCGUCCUCCACCACUGGCACGCUCACCGGCACCGCCUCCCAAACGUCCGCCGCCUCCACCCCCUCCUCCAACCCGCAGGUCGAGAUCUUCAAGUCCUUCCGCGUCUCCAUCGAUGACCCCUGUCACAAGGUGCUACCCGUCGCGCUAAAGAAAUACAACAUCACCGCCGACUGGCGGCAAUACGCGCUGUACAUCGUGCAUGGCGACCAGGAGCGCUGCCUGGGGCUGAAUGAGCGGCCGUUGAUCCUGUUCAAGCAGCUGGAUAAGGAGGGAAGGAAGCCGAUGUUCAUGCUGAGGAGGCAUGCGGCGCCGCAGGAAGGGCAUGUGAACUUUAUUAAUCAGGGGACGCAGCAUGGCGGACUGGGGGAGCUGCCGGGAGGGGUGCUGUAACUUCGGCGGACUUUGCUAUUUGAGGAUAUGCACGGGUGGGGGAACGGUGGGGUUGGACGGCUUGGAACCAAAAUAUCUCGAUGUUUGAUAUACUUCACUGUUUGAAUGAUGUCGGUGGGGUUGGUUCGAUCCGCGCGAUCUUUC